CUGCAACCUACAAACAUUCCCCGGAUCCCUACACCACGCCAUGGCUGACAGAGUAACCAACAUCACCGAGCUUCCACUCGACAUCCUCGUGCUCAUUUUCCCGUACCUCGACGCGAAGAGCUUCCUCGCCCUGUGCAGCACCUGCAAGGCGCUCCAGCAGCCCUCGAUCCGCUUGGACCCCGCCUACUGGAGCUAUGCCACCCGCAGCACCUUUCGCGUCCCGAAUCAGCCAGUCGUCCAGCACGAUGGCCUCCGAUGGCAGAGCAUGUAUCGUCGACUGCUAACCCAGAGCCGAGUGUAUACGUGGGGAAGCAACACCCACCACCGCCUCGGCCACAGCUAUCAGCAAGCUCCCGUAGUUCGAAACCCGACACUGCCGCGCUUGAACCGCUUCUUCCACAAGACGCAUUGCUCGUUUCCGACUGAAAUGGAGCGCACCAGAGAGUUAGGCAUCAUUGCCGACCUGCAAUGCGGUGGCUGGUCUACCACACUUCUCACAUCCAAAGGCGCCCUGUACACCGCGGGAGUCCUCAAUGGACAACUAAUCCUCAGUACUGCACCAGCCCAGGACCAUCUCCACGCGCUACGCUUUCCGGUCGGAUACCCAUAUUCGACCGCUGCCGCUGCCUACGACGAGCCGACCAUUGCCAUUCGCCAGUUCUCUGCCGGUAGGUCACAUAUACUGGGUCUCUCAGAUAGCGGCAGGAUUUGGUCGUGGUACCACGUACAAAAGGCUGGGCUGCACGUCAAAUUUCUCAAUAUAGACCUCCAGGACGCGUCAUUAGUCGAUGUCACGGACGGCAAGCCUUCACUAUACGGGAAUGUUAAACAGGUGGUAGCAGGGUGGAGCUGCAGCUCGGCAUACGUCUAUGGCACCGGCAUCAUCGUAUGGGAGCCCGUCAGUCGAGCCCACAACGAAGAGGAAACAGAUGCUAUGCUCGUUCUCGAGAGCGCUGAGGUCCCGAAAACGGGCUACCAGCGUACCAAAGGCGCAUCGCGAGAAUCGGAUGAAGACAAGGCACUUAGAGAAGAAGUGGGUGUCGUCUUGAAUUAUAUCAUCCUCGAACACUUCGUCGUCUUCGUUACCGAUCUCGGGAAAGUCUUCUGUGGUCGGUUCGGCGAGAAGCACAGGAUCGACGAUAUCCUCGAGCUACGCCAAUUGCGAAACGAGAGCGGAAGCCCUUCAGACGUACAAGGCUCCUUCCGGCGGUUUGCCGUCUUCAAGCAAGGAGAAGUCAUCACUGCUCACCACGACUAUCUGGAGGCUUGCUGGAACGCUCGCACUACCAACCCCGAGCAAACUGACAUCGAGGGUCUGAAGAAGAUUCCUGCGCUCCAGCAUAACGACGUCAUCUCCGUUGCUUUCGGCGAUUUCCACUUCCUCGCUCUUCACUCCAACGGCAGUAUCACAGCCUACGGCACCGAGCUCCAAUCCUGCGGCGCGCUUGGUCUCGCCGGCGAUGGCAGCCCGGAAGGUCGCCUGCGCGGCAUUGCAUACAACGGCUUCGGCCAUGAUGGCAAACUUCUGCCCCACGCAUAUACGCACGGCCGACAGGUCUGGUUCGAGCCGGAGAAGAAAGAAUGGCUCAAGCACCUCAUGAACGGGGGCAAAGACCGCGAUGAAGCCCAAGAGCGCAUGCAACUCUUCAGCUCGGAUCGGAACGUGCAGGGCGAGGUCAGCGAAUGGAUCGAGCAAGAGGGAAGGGAGUGGGAUAAGGCCAAGGGUGAGGAUGGGCUUGGUGCCUACUUUGCGCUGCGGGUCAGUGCAGCCGGCUGGCACUCUGGGGCUCUCAUGCUAGUCAACGAGGAGCUUGCGGACAAGGCGCAUGAAUAUGAUUGGCGGAACAAGUCGUUUCCGCGCCUGAAGCUGAGCGAUGGAAGGGAGAUGCCUGGGACGGUGCCGUUCGAUGAGUGGCGGUUUGGGAGGCCGGAAUGGCAGCUCGACGUGGAGAUUUGAUGCAUUAAGCAACAUCCCACAGCUGAUAGGCAAGUUUUUUUCUCCACCCAGGCUAGUUUGCGGAGGUAGUAGUAACGAGCAUAUAUACUUGUUGGCAUUCCUAUCAUGACGAAGAAUAUUUCAUGAGUGGUCAUUGUACAGUAAUCUAUGCGUACAGAGCUGCGAUAAGUCCAAGUCCGCGGCCUGGUCGAUUCAUCAUGGUAUCUUCCAUCAACCACCCAACGCCGUUGCAAUUGCAAAUUCAAUAUCCAAGGGAGUCUCGACUCGUUCUCAUGGCAUGGGCCUAGAAGAGGCUCCACCCUCCUUUCCGCCUCUCCCUUCCUUCUUCUCUCCGCGAGUACCUCUUCUCCCUUGCUUCCAGCUGGCGUAGGCU